UCUUGCUAUGGAGAGCAGCACAGCUAAGACUACAUCAUUUCAUGUCCCUGUAUGCUAACUCCUGACCAGGCUACCAGCUCUGCCCCGACUCUCGUUCACCCUCUAAACCUUACUUGCCAGUCACACACAACACAAUGUCUGGGCAUUGCCACCUUGCCUUUAUCCUGAUCUCCUUGGCAUCUCUCGGAGUGGCCGAUGAAGCCAUACAGUGCCCCCCUUGCUCUCAGGAGAAGCUUAUUCGCUGUCUGGACCCUGUUGGGUGCCUGGAGUUGGUGAAAGAACCUGGGUGCGGUUGCUGCGCCACCUGUGCCCUCCAAAAAGGGAUGCCUUGUGGUGUCUACACACCCCGCUGUGGCUCAGGGCUUCGCUGUUACCCCACGAAAGGUACUGAAAAACCCCUGCACACCCUAAUGCAUGGACAGGGGGUCUGCACAGAAAUCGGGGAGAUAGAAGCCAUACAGGGAACGUUCCCAACAGCAGCCGAAGAUGACUACCCAAAUAUCAGUUUAAAUCCAUGUCCUACAAAUGACAGGAUCUGCAUCCAGAAAGAGCAGGCAAAAGCGAAUCGGAACGCAAUGCAGAAAAUGAAGAAGUACUCAAGCCAAAAAACUGUCAACAAUCUUCCUGUCCAAAUGGGUACGUGCCAAGUGGCAUUAAGUAUAGCACUAGAGAGAUUGGCAUCUCUCAGGACCAAGACACAGGAGGACUUUCUAAAUUACCCAAUCCCAAAUUGUGACCGGGAUGGAAACUUCAACCCCAAGCAGUGUCAUCCAGCUCUCGAUGGGCAACGUGGAAAAUGUUGGUGUGUUGAUCGGAGAACCGGGGUCGCGCUGCCGGUGCCUUAUGAUUCUACUCAUGAUCCGGACUGUCAAUUGACCUUAGAGCUCAUCAGAAAAUAGUCGCAGGGCUACUUUUCCACUUGAAAUCCACCUCACCACAUUAUUCUAAUAAAGGAGAUCUAUCACUAAGUGGGGGCACAUGAAAUCUUCUUAAAUUUUAAGAGACAACAUCAUUCUUUUCCUGAGGAACCUACAACUUUUUGAAGAACAUAUUUCAGAUAAAUAGGAGUGAACAUGGGCAGGAAACUUGACAUGCAAUGUGGGUGGGUGUUUCGGUGUUUGAGAAAAUGCAUUCUAUUGUUUUUUUUCUAUUUAAUAAUCAUAAGUAAGGCGGAGUCAAGUUUGUGGGAUAGAAUUUAAUGCAGUGUAGAUGGGGGGUCAAGUUUAGAAGCUUUCGAUGAGCAAAUUGAAGUUGUUUAGAAGACUUGUGGCAACACAGUGUCUGUAGAAUGAUGAGGUUAUAUUUUUGGUUUGUUUCUUCUACAUGAAUUGUGGAAUUGUGGAAUUUAAUCCCAAAUCAUGGGACAUGUUAACACCCGCCCUAUGCUCCACCCAACAAUGUUCCCGAAACAGCCUAGAAAUGCCUCUUUAUGCAGAUCUAACUAGAUGUCUGAGCACUCCAACUCCUCCUCUAAGCUCUGAGUGACAGCUCUAGUGUCCAAUCAUAGAAUUAUCACUCAGUAAAAAGGAGGGGCUGGAAAAGCAAUAAUUGCACAGAACUCUGUGGGCAUUUAGCAUGAAUGGCCCGCCUUCUGGACACUUCCAUUAAAGGGGGCUUGGAACAUAACUAGAGAGUUUUUUUUAUCAUGGAACCUGCAUAAUGGGAACUUUAGGUAUGUUUUAACUCCUCUCCCCAUCCUACAUGUGAAAUUGUCAGCAGUACUUAAGGUUCAAAACUGCUGACAGAUUCCCUUUAAGAGUGCGUAUUAUUAGAAUGGAUUGUGGGUCUCACUAACAGUAUAAUCUGUGACAGUCAUAGCUGUCAUCAUGCCUAUUCUCUGUGGCUAAAAGUGCCCAUGCCUAAAAUGCCAACUUUGGUGGGAUAGACAGUUGAUGUUGUUGCAGAGAAGGGUCAGGCGUAUUGGAUUUUCACUACCUGUACCUUUUGUUCUUGGAUAUAUAACCUGGCACCCAUGCUGUCCAGCUGUGGCUUACCCUUCCCCAUAGAGAAAAAUCAUUGUAUGGGGAAGUCACGAGAGAGACGACUGUUAACCGAAGAAACAUUUAUCCAACAGUUGUUGAAAGUGCAUGGCCAACUUAAAGGGUUACUCCACUGGGCAGCAUUCGGAAGUAAAUGUUCCGAACACUGUUUUCACGCUGCGGGGGUCACCCGCGCCCCUCGUGACGUCAU